AUGAUAGCUUUUCAGACUGAGGAACAAGUGAUGUAUUGCUAUUCAGACAUAAAUGGAUCCUGCACAAAGCGUUCUCUUUCAUUAGUUACACAAGCUGCAUUAUACAUUUUGUUCUGUACUGGCAUUGUUGUUACAAUAACUGGUAACAUUAUGGUCAUUAUCUCAAUAUAUUAUUUCAAGCAAUUGCACUCCCCCACAAAUUUUUUAAUUCUGUCUUUAGCAGUUGCUGAUUUUUUGCUCGGGGUAACAGUAUUACCUUUUAGUGCAGUUAGAGCCAUUGAAACCUGCUGGUAUUUUGGUGAGGCAUUUUGUACAUUUCAUAUGAGCUUGGAUGGGACUAUUUGUGUAACAUCUAUUUAUCAUCUGUGUCUUAUAGCUAUAGAUCGUUUUUUUGCAAUUAUAUAUCCUCUCAUCUACCCUAUAAAAUUUACUGUAUUCACAAUAUCUUUAUUGAUAACACUUAUUUGGACUGUUUCUUUGGCUUAUACUUUUUUUAUGUUUUAUUCAAGAGUUACUGAAGAAGGACUGGAAGAACUUGCAAUUGCCAUGAGCUGCAAAGGUAAUUGUCAAGUGUUAACUAAUGCAAAAUGGGGAUUAAUUAACACAAUAGUAUUCCUUAUUCCUUUUACUUUAAUGACUUGCACAUACAGUAGGAUUUUUAUUGUUGCAAAGAGGCAAGCCAAACUGAUAGAAGGUUUAUCAGAUCAAACUGGCGCUGCAGGUAACUACAGAAGUAGAGUUGCGAAAAGAGAGCGGAAGGCUGCAAAAACUUUAGCAAUAGCAAUGGUAGCAUAUGUUGUUUGCUGGCUGCCGUAUUUUAUAAUGAAUGCUAUUGAUGGGUUCCACAAUAUAAUCAUUCCGGCAUUUGUUUUUGAUAUUAUUUAUGGAAUUUGUUACUUUAACUCUGCACUUAAUCCAUUAAUUUAUGCAAUUUUUUAUCCAUGGUUUCGAAAGUCAGUUAAGCUAAUUAUAGCAUGCAAAAUUUUCACUACUGAUUGUUCUACGAUAAAUUUGUUUAACCAAUAG